AUGGUCAGAGUUUGGCCUGUGGCUGAUCUCUUUACCUGGAUGGCCAAAGGGGACAUGACGACAGACUGUGUUGGGGCCAGUGUGGAGCCGGAGCACCACGGCCAGGAUGUGACUGAAGACACAGAGGGCCACACAGAGGGCCACACAGAGGGCCUCAGCACGGAGCCGCACCACGAUGACCUCUUGAAGAAGCCACGCAGAAAGGACACACCUGUGCUAAACUGUCCACCGCACAUACCAGGAGUGCAGCUGAUGAAAGCCCAGGAGAAGACUGUGUACUCAGAGGACCAGGAGAAGGAUGUCGGGGACUGA